AAAACAAAGGACCUUUAGCUUCCUCUUAAACUGGCCUCAUAACAUACACCUUGUGAGAGCUGAAUAACUUUUCAAAGGACAUUAUUUUUACCGCAACACAAGAACUAAAGGAACAACAUCAGGAUGUCCAACAAAAAGAAACCAACAACUUCAACAUUUUACAGUGAAUCAGCGAUGAUGGAGGAACUGCACACUGGAUACCUGCUCAAGUCCCCCCCUCAAACAGCCCUGACUAAAGGCACUAAAUCAUGGAAGCGUCGUUUCUUUGUGCUCUCCAAAACACGUGAAGACUCCUACCAUCUGACAUAUCAUGCAAACAACGAAACAAAAGAGAUAGACCUUUCUAAGAUCAGCCUGCUGUUUAUUGGCCCCGAGGCACAUCAGAAGUGGGACUGGAUCCAGAAAAACUUCAAGUGUUCUCCAUCCAGUGUGUUGUUCUUGAAAGUGGAAGACGACACACCAAAACACUCUAGAGACUAUUUCCUAAUUGGAGAAAACAGUGAUGAUGUGGAUGGCUGGCUCAAUGCCAUAGUCAAGGUAAUGAAGAUCCAGAGAUCAGGAAAUACCCUUCAGGACAACAGAUUUAGAUCAGCAUCUGAACCUGUGAAGAGUUCUGAACCAAAGGUUGAGGAUCAGCCUAAUGACAGACGGUCAGCACCUGAAUUAAUGUUAACUUACCCGUCACCGUCCAGCCAUUAUGACUAUCCACGCAAACUCAGCGAACCUCCAGUACCAGUAACACCCAAGAUUCCAGUAAUUGAACAUAAAGAUGAGAAGGAUGAGAUGCAGGAUGAAUCUGCAGAGGACAGCAGUGAAUACAUGUGCAUGGCAUCAUUCACUUCCAUUAAUGGUCACGAGUCCUCUGUGUGCAAUGGUGCAGUCAACCAGGAUGAGGACGAUGAAAAUAAAUGUGAAACAAACACACAUAUUGAGAAGGAGAUCUGCGUUAGUCAAAAUGAUCUGAAAAACAGUGUGAUCUUGACUCAGGCAAAGGGCAAACCAUGUGUCUCUGAGUGUCGGAUGAUUCAGAACUUGUGUCUAUUUCAUAAGGGGGAUCAGAUCCUGGCCUUCAAUGACCUGCUGAUAGACACAGUAGAAGAGAUACAGAUGUACUUAAGAAGACUAAGCAAGAAUGAGGUAAAACUCACUAUUCGGCGGCUUAUAGGAUCCCAGCCUCUGCACUCUGAACCCUGCUCACAUAAUGAGGACAUGAAACAAAAUCACAUGUGAAUCAUCAGCAUCAAGAUAUUAUAAAUAUAUCUGGAAAACAAGGUGUUAAUGAAGAACAGAAGAGGCAUUCAGGUUAUCUAAAGUAACUUGACCUCUUAUGACUGUACAUUAAUCAUGUAAAUACAGUAUGUGAAACAAUGUGAAUGUUAGAUUCCCUGACAUUGAAAUGUAACUGAGUGAAAGAAAUGAGUAAGAUUUA